UUAAGACUUCCCUUCUUCUCACAUCUCUUCAUUUCUUCGUCUUCUUCUUCUUCUUCCAAUCCCCAUUUAUGGACAAUGGUGGUAGUGGUGGGGGCGGACGCCCACUCUCUGAUAACCAUUCUCAUCCAUCUGCCUUCUCCUUUUCCAAGCCUUUUAAGAUGGAUGGCGGCGGCGGCGGUGUUGUUGUUGGAGGAGGAGUUUCUUCGUUGGUCCCCAACCGGAGGAUCAAUGAGAUGGACUUCUUUGCUCAGAAAGAAACAGCGAGGGUGGAUGUCAAGAGGGAGACAACCGCACAUGAUGGGCUGGUGCAAGGUUUCCACAUAAAUACUGGGUUGAAUCUUCACUUAGCGAGCGGUGGUGGCGAAAAAUCUUCGGUGGAUGGUGGAACAUCACCUAGCAACAAGGAAAAGUUCAACAUGAGUGAUAAGAUGGUAGGUUUGCGGGCUGAGUUAGAGAAUAUGAACAAGGAAAAUAAACAGUUGAGAGCCAUGCUGAGUCAAGUCAACAAUAACUACUCCGCCCUACAGAUGCAUGUUGUAACGCUGAUGCAAAGGCAACACAAUCGGAGAGCUGAAAUCUCCCUAGCAAACGAGGUGAAUACUGAAGGAAAAGUGGGAGAGAGGAACAGAAAUGAAACCAUUGUUCCAAGGCAAUUCAUGGAUUUGGGUCGGGCGUCUAUGGCCCAAAAGGAUGAGUCUUCACCAUCUUGGUCGGGUUCCAGAUCUCCUCAAACCAAUGAAGAUGCAUCCAGGGAGUCAAGGAGGCGGAAGACUGGCAGUACUAGUAAUGAAAACAAGGAUGGAGGAAGAGAAGAGAGUCCAGACCAAUCAUUACAAGGCGGGCUUCCUAACAAAGUCCCUAAAUUUAAUUGUUCACAGAAUGUCGAACAGGCCUCAGAAGCCAUGUCCAUGAUGAGGAAAGCUCGGGUCUCAGUUCGAGCAAGAUCGGAGGCAUCCAUGAUCUCCGAUGGAUGCCAAUGGAGAAAGUAUGGACAAAAGAUGGCCAAAGGAAACCCAUGCCCUCGAGCUUAUUAUCGAUGCACCAUGGCAACUGCUUGUCCAGUUCGCAAACAAGUCCAGAGGUCUGCAGAAGAUCGGACCGUCCUCAUAACAACUUAUGAAGGCCAUCACAACCAUCCCCUACCUCCGGCUGCCAUGGCGAUGGCCUCGACCACAUCAGCUGCUGCAACAAUGCUACUUUCGGGAUCAAUGCCGAGCUCAGAUGGGAUAAUGAGCUCGAGCUUUCAUUCAAGGACUAUGUUCCCAUGCUCCCCAAGCUUGGCAACGAUUUCAGCUUCAGCGCCCUUUCCCACUAUUACAUUAGAUCUUACACACAGCCCGAACCUCUUACAGCACCAGAGGCCGAAUGCCCAAUUCCAUGUCCCUUUCCAAAACCUUCCCCAGAAUUUUGCUCCUGGGUCGCACGCUUUCAAUCCAGUACUUCACAGCCAAUCCAAAUUCUCCGCCCUUCAAAGCUCCCCAGAAAUGCAGCCUCCUCAAGUAGGAACCGAGCAAGUGCUGAAGCCAUCAUCAUCAUCCUCAGACACAGUAACUGCAGCAACGGCUGCCAUCACCGCAGACCCGAACUUCACUGCAGCUCUAGUGGCAGCCAUCACUUCCAUUAUUGGCAAUGUUCAUCCAAACAAUAGUAGUAACAGUAGCACCAACACAAGAAGCACCAAUGUCGACAAUAAUAUUGGGAACUCAAAUUUGGUAGGCAAUUAAGAAUUGUGUUAGAAUUUUUUUUUCUCUCUCUUUACAUAAUAUUAAUAAUGAUAGAUCUUUAAAAAAAAUCCUCAGGUGUUUCUUUGUUCUUUCUUUUUCUCUGGCUCUUUGGUUGGGCAUACUUUAUUCAUUGGAGAGGAUGGCAAGUUUCAUUA